AUCUCCCUAUUUUGCUCUCUCUCUCUCUCUCUGUCUCUCUCUCUCUCACGCACACACGCCAAUUUGUGACCUUUACACCCAAAUUUUUCCCUUUUUCUUCUUUGAUUCGAUCCCUGAUUUCCGAAUCGUUGAUGUGAUUGGGAGGAAUCGAGGAGUGGUGGUGAAAUUUGGCUCAAAUUUGGCCCAAAUUUGGCUCAAAUUGGUGGAUUUUUGGUGGGUUUUGCUCCGAAUUUUGGGAUGGGUUGUUUCCCAUGCUUUGGAUCGUCGCACGAGGGGGAGGAGGGGAAGGGUGGGGCGAAAGGGAGCGGCGAUGUGAAGAAGGAUGCGUCGGCGGCGCCAUCGUCUCGCCACAUGUCGAGGAUCAGCUCGGAUAAAUUGAAGUCGCGGAACGGUUCGGACUCCAAGAAGGAAGGAUCGGUCCAAAAAGAGGAAAGUACGGCGCAUAUUGCCGCACAAACUUUCACUUUUCGGGAGCUUGCCGCCGCCACGAAGAACUUCCGGCAAGAUUGCCUCUUGGGCGAGGGCGGUUUCGGCCGUGUCUAUAAAGGGCGUUUGGAGGGCGGACAGGUUGUUGCUGUAAAACAGCUUGAUAGAAACGGCCUUCAAGGAAAUAGAGAGUUUCUUGUGGAAGUCCUUAUGCUGAGUCUCUUGCAUCAUGCGAAUCUAGUCAACCUUAUAGGUUAUUGUGCGGACGGUGAUCAACGCCUUCUUGUUUAUGAGUUUAUGCCGUUGGGAUCGCUAGAAGAUCACCUGCAUGAUCUUCCACCCGACAAGGAACCUCUCGACUGGAAUACACGUAUGAAGAUAGCUGCAGGUGCAGCUAAGGGCUUAGAACAUCUUCACGACAAGGCGAAUCCCCCUGUUAUUUACAGAGAUUUCAAAUCAUCAAAUAUCCUUCUUGGUGAGGGUUUUCAUCCAAAAUUAUCAGACUUUGGGCUUGCAAAACUCGGCCCAGUUGGCGACAAGACUCACGUCUCUACCCGGGUUAUGGGAACAUAUGGCUACUGUGCUCCUGAAUACGCUAUGACUGGGCAGCUAACGGUUAAAUCUGAUGUUUAUAGUUUCGGUGUGGUUUUCCUUGAACUCAUCACGGGGCGGAAAGCAAUUGAUAACACUCGGCCUGCUGGAGAGCAAAAUCUUGUUGCAUGGGCCCGUCCAUUAUUCAAGGACCGAAGGAAGUUCCCCAAGAUGGCUGAUCCAUUGCUCCAAAACCGCUUUCCUUCGAGGGGACUAUAUCAAGCUUUAGCUAUUGCAGCAAUGUGUUUGCAAGAGCAAGCGGCAACUCGACCUCUCAUAGGGGACGUCGUAACAGCUCUUUCUUAUCUUGCUUCUCAAACCCAUAACCCAAAUGCAGCUUCCGUACAAAGCACUCGAUCAGGCCCGUCUAUUCCGAGGGUCCGGGAGGACAGGAGAAGCAUCCGUUUGCCUGACGCCCAAAACUCCGUCCAAUCUCCGAACCCUAAUUCACCUGAUUUGAGGCGGAAGGAGUCCCUUAAAGGAGCAAACUCUGGAGCGGAUUCUGGAAGGAAAAGCGGCUUAGAUGAAUCAGAAAUGCAGGAAUUUCAGUAUGGAAGUCCAGUUCACGCACGAAAGAACAGAGAGACACAAAGAAAUUCUGACAGGCAGCGGGCUAUUGCGGAGGCCAAACUAUGGGGCGAGAAUUGGAGAGAGAGGAAGCAGGCUAACACGCGAGGUAGCUUUGACAGUACGAACGAGUAGUCAAAGGUAUUUAAAGAUGGAGAAGCUUCUCGAGAAUUGAGUGGGUCGCAUCGGAGAAUUGAGUUAUGGGUUGGAAAUUCGUGAGCCAAAGUCAAAAUAUAUAUAAAUCUCUACUUUUCCUGGUUAGUGUCCGUGAAUAAGGCGGAAGUUCUGUUUCGGCCGUCGAUGCUGCUUCACAGUUCUCUUCCAUGAGAUUCGGGUUGAAUGCUCUUUAAGGAUAUAUCUUAUCCCUGGAUAGAUAUUUGAAUUUUGUAACUGCAUUGGAUUGCGAAGCCUCCUUGUAGAUCAUUUGGCUAUAGAGGGAAUGGUUAUUGUAAGAGAAGGGGGGAAAAAGGGGCAUUUUUUUUAAAAAAUGGAGAACUACAUUAGACAGUUUUAGAUCUAUGCUUUUGUAUUUAGGGUUUUCUGAAGGCCGAGUGGCGUUUGAACAAUUGCUAUUUUUGUCCAUACAGUCCACAGCGUUCUUUACAUAUUACCGAUAUUAUCAUUAUGUGAUCAUUUUUCGGCAUGUUUUCUGAUCA